ACCAGGCCUUUGUGACCCUUGCUACCAAUGAUGUGUACUGUCAAGGUGCUUUGGUUCUUGGACAGUCGUUGAGGAACCAUACAACAUCUAGAAAACUGGCAGUACUAAUUACACCAGAGGUUUCCAGUGGGAUGAGGUCUGUUCUCCGCAGCGUGUUUGAUGAAGUAACUGAGGUGGAUGUGCUUGACAGUGCUGACUCAGUCCAUUUGGCUCUGAUGCAGAGGCCAGAACUGGGUGUAACCUUCACUAAGCUUCACUGUUGGACUCUUACUCAGUAUAGCAAAUGUGUCUUCAUGGAUGCAGACACUUUGGUGCUUUGCAAUGUCGAUGAAUUGUUUGAUCGAGAGGAGUUUUCAGCAGCUCCUGAUUCUGGCUGGCCUGACUGCUUUAACAGUGGUGUAUUUGUGUUCCGACCUUCUUUGAAAACUUACAACCUCCUGCUCCAGUUUGCUGCUGAACAUGGCAGCUUUGAUGGAGGUGAUCAAGGCUUGUUGAAUAGCUUCUUCAGCAGCUGGGCAACCGCAGAUAUUGGCAAACAUUUGCCCUUCCUCUAUAACUUAAGCAGCAGUGCUGUAUACACCUACGUUCCUGCUUUCAAUCAUUUUGGUAGAGAUGCCAAAGUUGUUCACUUCUUGGGAGCAACAAAGCCCUGGAACUACAAAUACAACCUUCAAACAAAGAGAGUUAUGCAGGAUGGCACCACCUCUGGAUCUUUCAAUCAGCUGCCAUUUCUUGCCCUUUGGUGGAAUAUAUACAGUGCCAGUAUAUUGCCUUUGUUAGGAAAACUUCAAAAGAUGGAAGAACCAGAAUCUGAGGAAUACAAGCACACUUUCAAUGGAGUUGAAAUUACACUGAAAAAGGUCAGUCCUUCUGUGGCCAAUUCGCUGCAAAUGCCUGUGCUUCCAGAACAGACAUAUGAAAUAUAUCCCACAGUGUGUUCACCCGAGGAACUCACUUCUAAAGUUAAUGAGGUCGUACAUUUUGUUUCAGAGCUGUCUAUUCACUUCAAACCAGAAGAACGAAGUCCUGAAGAUGAACGGAGAAAAUGGGAGGAGGGACGUAUGGACUAUAUGGGGAAAGAUGCUUUUGAACAUAUCAAAAAGAAACUGGAUGCAUUUUUGCAUUAAGAUGAAGUGUACUGUAAUGGCCAUCAUGAUCUGUGUUUCUUCUAUAAAUGCA